AUGAAUGGUCAGUACUCGUCCAAGCCACCAACAUAUACAUGGGAUAUGAAUGUCGGUGUAAAUGCAAUAAAGGAGAAUAUUGUUGAUUUUAUUUUGCUAUGCGGUUUUAGUGUAAGUAUUCUGGGUUCCUUUUAUUUUUUCUAUUGGUUGAAAAAUCACGAAAUGAGGAAUGUGUGCAGCAGAAGUUAUUAG